GCUUCUCUGUUGGUCUAUCUCCACAGAAAACGUUUUAUCUUUUGGUCGCCUGGCUGUGACGAACAGAUCUAUGACAUUUUUAGAAGAAUCAGCAAAAGUAAAUAUUUUGAUUUUAAUGGAAACAGACGUUUUUUUUUGUUAACCACGCCCACAUUCCUGAUAUUUUCAUAUUUUGUGUCAUAUUGUUUCAUUCAUCUUGAGCAAAAGAACCAUUUACUGUCACAAUAGCACCGUUCAAGAUCUAAAAAUAUAUUUUUUUUUUAUUCCCAAGUAGCUUCCCGAUGAUGCUGGAGGAGUCGGGCGGCGAUUAAUCUAAAUUUCUAGGAAGAGUUAAUAUUUGUAGACGGUACUAAGGUUCCUUACUCCCUAUAUGUUGCGUUCACCAUUUUUCAGUUCUGUCCGAAUCUACAAUUCAAAAACUGAGUGCAUUAGAAAUUUCCCAAAGAUUUUGUAAAAAAACAAAAACGUUUGCAUUGAUGCUCACUUCAUUAGAACUCACUGAACAAAUUCACAUUGAGAAUAUUUGUUCAAAAAUCACGAUUGUAUCAUUUUAACCUACAUGGUCAUGGAUGAGUAGUUAUCUACUUGUAUUUGAUUUUAAAAUUUGACUAAAUUUCCAUUUUAAAAGGACAAAUAAAAGGUGUGUUUGUUGCCCGCUAGAACCCCGUGCACGCCCCUGCUGCUGUCAGUUUGACUCACUUACUGAAAAGAUUAAGAAAAAAAAAACUUCCUGUGCUUACAUUUAUUUAUUUAUUUCUUGAAAACAAAAAUAUGAAAACAAAAAUACCAGAACGUUGAAACCAGAAUGAGUGAGAAGAAAUACUUUUUUAUUUAUGGAUCAGAAAAGUUCAGCUUCAUCUUCGUUCUUUAAAGCGCGGGAACAUCCCCUCCAUGACAUUUUAGUGCUGACACAAAGAUUCAGCUGCAGAAACUCCCGCUCUCUGGUGAUGAAUGUCAUGUUUCCCUGUAGUUCUGCGCAUAAAUCACGCGCGCAAACGCGUUAAUGUCCCGCCCGGUCUUCCUCCCCUGGAGCCGGGCCAACAAUGUUCCUAUUCGGGCUGGAAGUGGUUUGGAUGUAUCCAAACUGUCAGACCUCACACGCCGCGAGGAUGGAGUGUGUCUGUCGAUGGAGACCUCCUCGGUGCGUCUGCGCCGGAGAUGCGCAGCGCAACAGAUGCCGCACAGAGAAAUAAGCCGUUAAUACCUUCAGGACUCGGGAGAGAGGAACAACCCUCCGCGCGCUGGAACCCGCGAAGGUCACGAGCGCGGACUUUACUGGGAGAUAUUUCACUUUUACGCACAAACUGCGCGUAAAAACUGGACUUUUUCCCCCUUUUCCAUCGAUCUGUAUGAUCGGGUCCUCCACCUGUCACCUCCACUACAGCAGGUCACAUGGCACACCUGCGCGCUUCUCCGUCCCUGGAACCGACUGAACGGUAACUCCAACCGGUUAAUUAAGGCGCGGCGCGAACACGUGGAUCCUCGACCACCAUGCCGCCCAAAAAGAAGGGAGAACACAAGGACACGGAUGUGGUGGAGGAGAGAAACGCUCAGGUGCAGCUGGAGAAGGCCAAGUACAAGCCUGUGGCUUUUGCCGUACGCUGCAACUUCUCAUACACUCCAGCCGACGACGACAACGUCCCAGUGCCGGGCCAGGCCGUCACCUUCGAGGCCAGAGACUUCCUGCAUGUCAAAGAGAAAUUUAACAACGAGUGGUGGAUUGGCCGGCCGGUGAAGGAAGAUGGCGUUGUGGGCUUCGUCCCCAGUCCAGUCAACCUGGAAACCAUCCUCAUCAGGAGAGAAGUGCAAGCAAGGAAAGCCGCCAAGGCUUUAGCCAGCAAAGCUGCAUCUCAAGCAGCUCAGGACAUGAACUCAAAGAAGUACACGCCCCCCUCCCAAGCCAAUCAGCAGGUGAAGAAGAAGCCGGGGGAGCAGGUGGCCAUGUAUGACGUUGUGCCUACAAUGCGUCCUGUGAUUCUGAUGGGACCGUCACUAAAGGGCUUAGAUGUGACAGACAUGAUGCAAAAAGCUCUUUUUGACUUUUUAAAGCACCGAUUUGAAGGCAGAAUUACCAUAACCCGGGUCACAGCUGACAUCUCCUUGGCUAAACGGUCCAUCCUCAAUAACCCUGGAAAGAAGGCCUUAAUGGACCGGUCCAACACCCGCUCCAACUUAGAUGCUGCCGCUCAGAUCCAGGGGGAGGUGGAGCGCAUCUUCGAGCUGGCCCGCAGCCUUCAGCUGAUAAUCCUGGAUGCAGACACCGUCAACCAUCCUCUGCAGGUGUCAAAGACCUCGCUGGCUCCAAUCCUGGUCUACGUGAAGAUCUCCUCGCCCAAAGUUUUGACUAGACUGAUCAAGACCAGAGGAAAGUCUCAGACCAAACACCUGAAUGUUCAGCUGGUGGCGGCAGAUAAACUCGCCCAGUGUCCAUCCGAAAUGUUUGACGUCAUCUUAGACGAGAACCAGCUGUCAGACGCCUGUGAGCACAUCGCUGAUUACCUGGAGUCCUACUGGAGAGCCACCCACCCGCCGGAGAUGGAGCCCGCCAACGCCGUGGUCGCCCAGCUGGCGGAGAACACGCUACCUGCCAGCCCCACAGUCGUCCCGGAUGAACAGAAGAGUAAAAAGGCCCCCGCCCCCAAGAGAAAAGUUUCCCGCGACAACCACCUGGACAAGGAGCCGACUGCAGCCCCCGCUCAGGAGCAGAAAGAGGACGAAGGCCAAACUCAGGACGAAGAGGAGCGGCUUUUGAGGAGUGAACCAAAAAGACCCCAGCACAGCCAUCACCACCAUCACCACCACCAGCGCCGGGCGGAUCACCACAGCCAGCGCUACCAGGGCGCCGUGGGCAGAGACCUGAGCCACAGGGGGGCGCGCAGGCCCCCGCCUGAGGAGAUGGAGAAGGAGGAGGUGGAGAACGAGGCGGCGGCAAAUGUGGAAGAGGCCCACUAUAACCACAGGGGUCACAACCACCACCAUCACAACAGCCACCAUCACCACCAGCAUCACGACAGGGACGAGUACGAGCACAACGAGCACAACCGGAGGCAUCGGCACCAGCAGCACAUUUCACCGCAGACUCACCACACGGAUCACCAUCCUGCUCACAACUACCAGCACAACUACCACCACCUCCACAGCAGGGACCGCGAGAGAGACAGACGCAAGGACAGACAGCACGUCGGAGACGGACGACAGUGGCGCACGGAUCCCUACAUACACCAGUGACUGGAGGUUUUCACCGGUCACUACGGUGGCCCUGAAGUACAAAUCACUCUAAUCAAUAACAUAUCAAAGAUCAAAACAAUUUUAAAAAGCAAAACAAAUAAUAAAAAAUCAAAUAUGACAUUUUAAAAAUCGAAACAAAAUGUCAAAAAAUGAAACAAAAUAAGAAAGUGGAGAGGUAGGUAUCAUGGGGCGUCGGACUGGAUGAAGUUUAAGUUUGAAGAAGAGAAAAAGCAGAAAGAAGAACUGUGGUAAAGCAUCACAUUCUCAUUCAUAGGUCGUCACAUAUUGACGUGAUGUUUGGUUAGGGACCCUCCACGUCAAAAUUGACAUUUUGUCCUCAACUAAUCGUUUUUUGAUGUAAUGGCUGUUCCAAUUACAUCAUGGCUCCCCAACCUCCGGGACGGGUACCGGUACCCUAACCCUAGCCUCAACCCGGUACAGGACAUGCAUGGUACCAGAAACAGACUGGAACUCGUACCGCAAACUACCGGAAAUGGACGUUGUUAAGUUCAAACGACCUGAGACAUUUCUCUGCAACUGCAAGAAAGACCAGAGAGGUCAGAUCGAACUUGCAAGAAGAACGGACAGUGUUCAACCAGUCUCCACUCCGCCGAAACCUUCCCUUAAUUUAGAUCAGGGCGUUCCAGAAUCACAUGAAGUCUACAGCUCUAAUGGGAGCUACCGACCGGUUUUUACUAUCACUGACAUGAACUUCUGUCUUCCAGUACACGAGGGUUGAUGACGGUUUCUUCAAGUUCCAGCUUUUACUAUUCUCAGCCUUCAGCUGGGGCUCGGUUCUUGUUUCUGUACACUAAGCACAAGCAACUAAGAUAAGAAGAUUAAAAAUAGAGAAGUUGAAAUAAUUUAACCCCCCAGUCCAACUCCUUAGUGCUGAGUGCCAAGCAGGGAGGCACUGGGUCCCAUUUUUAGAGUCUUUGGUAUGACUCGGCCGGGAUUUGAACCCACGACCUUCCAAUCUCAGGGCGGACACUCUACCACAAGGCCACUGAGCUGGUCAUCAGUCAUAGCAAUCAGUCAUAGCAAAUGUGUGAUAAAUGUAUUUACAACUCCAUCAGGCGUGUACGCUACCAGACAUGGUACCAGGUUUAGGGUACCGGCCACUUCCCGGGGACAGGUCCGCAUCUGAUACCGACUAAACCCCAGAUCCCUGAUUUAAUUGGAACAGCUAGCAUGUCAAAAAACAACAAGUUGGGGUCACCCAAAAUGUCAAAAAGUGACGCAGAGGCGUCCUUAAACAAUCGUCAAUAUGUGAAGACCUUGGAAUGAGAAUGUGUUGGGUUAAGAGUUGAUUGAUCACUCACUGAACUUUUGCAAUGGGUGUGGCCAGAAGCUUCAAGAAAUAUCUUCUGUCAGAUAAUACAUCAAAUAACGUCCUGCUCAAAAGGUCAACAUCAUCAUCUGGAUCAUCGUCAUCCAAUCAGUUUAUCCAUCUUCUUCUAUUCAUCCAGGACCCGGGUUGCGGCUCACCGGGUCAAUCUCACGCCCAUCCUGAGCUCAGUCUGACUGAUUGUAUGUCCGAGCAAAGACGCCUAGUCUUCCCUAAAGGAAGAAGCUCAUUUCAGCUGCUUGUAUUCGGGGCCUCACUCUUUUGGUCACGACCCAGAACUCAUGGUUUGAUGUUUAUUUAGGAUCCUCAUUAGCAACUCAACAUGCUAGCAGUUAUUCUUCCUGGGGUGCCACCUUCUUAAAGCCACAAAUUCAAUACAUGAACACCAGAUUUACAGUUGCAAGAAAAAGUAUGCAAACCCCCUGGGUCCGCCUGGACUCCUGCAUGAAUGCACAAAACAUGCUCCAAUCCCCAUCCAACCCACAACAGACAGUUACAACCCUCCCAAAUACAACUGUAAGUCUUCAUGUUCUAACAUCCAAAGUACAGGAUGGAAAAACAUGCAAACUCCAUCUACAAAUGGAGAAAGUUCAGCACUGGUGCUACUGUCCCUGGAUGUGGUCAUCCUGUAAAGAUGACCGUAGACGCAGAGCGCAGAAUUCUCGGUGAGGUGAAGACGAGUCCUAGAGUGUCAACUAAAGACUUACAGAAAUCUCUGACACACUAAUAUUUUUGAUGAAACAUUUACUAUAAAAAAAACACUAAACAAGAAUGGAGUUCAUGAGAGAGGUGCGUUUUGGAACAAAGAUGUACAUAUAAAAGCUUAGCUUUUUGCCUCAGCUCUCUCUGAACCACAACAGACUGAUACAGCCACCGCAUAACGGCACCGAUCCACCCAUCGAUCCCACGCUCUGAUCUUCUCUCACUCGUGAACAAGACCCCGAGAUACUUAAACUCCUCCACUUCCGGCAUGAGCUCUCCACCCAAAGAAGACAAACUGUCAAGAAACCAGUGGAGAACCAUGACCUCAGACUUGGCGGUGCUGACCCUCAUCCCAGCCGUGACCACCCCAAUCCAUGCUGGAGGUCCUGGUUCUUCUAAGCCAACAAGACAACAUCAUCUGCAAACAGUAUAAAUUAAUUCAUCUUUGCUUUUUAAUUGUUGUUUUAAUUAUUCACAUGUUUUUGCAUUGAGUGAUUUGUUGAUAUGAUUCGCACUUCAGGGUCACUGUAGUCAGAGAACUCCUUCAUGCUGUCCGUUUUAUCAAACAUCUGAGAGCCGAGUCGAUCUGUGGAGGAUUUCUGUCUGUUUGCCGUUCUGUCUAUCUGCUGCACAUUUACUCACAUUCCCUUUUUUUUUUUUUUUUUUUUUUUCUGCCGUGACAAAACAUUCAUUUUCUGUCAUGUGCAUUUCUGCAGAAACAGACUGCAAAUUAUGUCCAGAACAAAAACACAACUGUUUAUGACAUCCCACUCUCCCUAAAAAGAACCUAAAAACUUUGUUAAAAAUUCACUGCUGAUGUGUGUCCUAAUGACGUAAAAAAGCUAAAUUUGAAAUGUCUUUUAUAAAUUCCUUUAGUGUUAGCGUCUUUGCUUCUUCUUGGUCUGUAGGCCAAAGUGCAAUUAUUAUUACAGGUACUAUUAUUACUGUCAUGAAAAUACUUCAAAUAUCAACAUGAUUCCACAGAGAUGUUUGUUCAAAAUCUCCAGAAACUGAUCCUACGACUGUGGAUCCGUGCAGGUUUUCAUCCCGGUUUAAUUGGUGCACGUUUGAACUGGUGGAUCUUCAAACUUGAAAAAAUAAUGUUAAUGAUGAAAUGUUUAACUUUUGUAUGGAUUUAGGAUGAACCCCACCCCCUUCUCCAUAGAAGUCUGACUCUGCAUGUUGACCAUCUGUACCUGAUCUGACUGAAAGCAUGAACUCUGCCGUGUUGACUCUCAUCCCAAUGCUGGAGACUCUAUGCAUCUUCUUGGAACCCUCCUUAAACACAGCUUCAACACAAUCUAUGCAUUUGUGUAUAUUCAUAAUUGCCUUGAGUAAAUGAAAGCAGGAAAGUGGGUGGAUCAGA